AUGGGCUUUUGGAAGAACCCGUUUCUCGCCUCCUCUUCACAGCCACAAGAGGACGCCGCCGAACUUACACCAUCGUCGUCGCCCCUGCCCACCCCGUCUGCUGUAUCAGCAACCUCGCCGCCAAUCAAGACGGCAUCCGCACCCCCUUCUGUUCACGAAAAUGCGCGCUUGUCCACGGUUUUUGAGGUUCGCGUCGCUCUUGCGGGAACCAUCGCCCUCCUCUCCGGCCUGACCCUAGGAAUGGCCCAUGGCAGCCAAUCUGCUGCCUUGCGGUACCGCGCCGAGAAUGCGCACCGCCUACCCACAGACGCCACAGGCUGGUACCUGUAUCACAAAAGCAAAAACUACCACGCCAUGCUGGGGGGCGUACGUGAGGGCCUGCGUAUGGGCGUCAAGCUUUCCAUCUGGGUCAGCGGCUUCUUCAUGUGCGAGGAGGCCAUUGAUCGCAUCCGCGGACUGGGUGACAGCAGAGGUGAUUUUGGCAGCACUGUUGUCGCCGGCUUGGGCACAGCCGGUGCGUGGAGUGUAUGGAAUCGUUUCCCACCAAUUACAAUUGCUCGUACUGCGAAAAUGGGCCUGGCAGUCGGACUAGGCUAUGGCCUUCUGCAAGACGCCGUGUCACUUCUCAGAGGCCAGCGCCUCGGUUACAUUGAGUAUUUCCGUAACAUACCGACGCGCGUUGAGGAUCGUCGGCAGCGCAAGAUCGAGCAAGCUUUGGCAAGGCGUGGUCGUGAUGGAGAGACGCGCCAACAAACAUGA